AGGAGAAAAAAAUCAUCAGUGAGGAAGGAGUGAGCUUUUGAUCCAGGGCAAAGAAUUUGGCGCCUCGCCUUAUAUGGGCGAGAGGGCGCGCCGGCACAGAUGCUAUUGAUCCAUGGAUCCUCGCGGCCCAGCUCGCCUGACCACGGCAAUGCGGCGGCGGCGGCGGCGGCGGUGGCGCCGUUGGGUGCCUGCCAGGAUCAGGGCAGCGGCAGGAUGGACGAUGCCGAGUUUAGCGCGGCGCUGGAGAUGAUGCUUUGCUCGCCGCAAGAGCAGGGAGGCGGUGGGAACGGGUUGAUGAAGAACGAGGUGGAGUGGGCGCAGGAGGGAUGGACCAGCCUGCUCAAUCCCAGCGACGGCGGCGGCGAUGGCGAGGAAUCAUCCAGCAAGAAAGGGGUGGUGGUGCCACAGUUUGUGCAAGUCCGGGACAAUUCCGGGAGCGCUACUCCCAGCAAUAGCAGCAGCUCGGGUGGGAGUGGAAUCUCUCCGAAUCUCAAGCAGCGCUUGCGGUGGACGCCGGAGCUUCACCAGCGAUUCGUGGAGGCUGUGGCUCUCCUCGGCGGCCCCGAAACUGCUACCCCAAAGUCGGUUCUUAGCGUCAUGGCGGUGCCGGAGAUCACCAUUUACCACGUCAAGAGCCAUCUCCAGAAGUAUCGACUUAACAAGCAAAUCCCUGAGGCCCCCGAAGGAGCUCCCAAGCCCGAGAAGAAGAAGCUCACAUUGAACAAGUUGGCCGAAACCACAGCGGUGACGGAAAACCUCCGACUGCAAAUGGAAGUCCAGCGGCGACUUCACGAAACCAUAGAGAUCCAACGCCAGCUCCAGCUCCAGAUCGAAGCUCGCCUCCAGCUAAUGCACGACGGCGAGCUCAAGCUCAAACACACACAAGCCAAGAGCAUUCAAAGCGAGGACAAGGGAGAACCAGAGGCCACUUGUUCUUCCAAAGGCGACGAAGUCGUUGCCGAGGCGGCGGCGAAUCCAGGCCUCGCAGUGCCAAAGACGAAAAGGCCACUGGAUCACGAGGAAGAUCGCACGGAAGAUACGAGCGAAGUUACGUGUAACAACGCGACUGUCUCACCCAAAAGACGGCUCAAACUAUCACAACCUGGAGCGAGCGAGAGCUCAGUGGUCUCACACUGAAAAACCAGCUUUCGUGUAACAUAGUAGCCAUAGAUUUUCUUUCGCGGCAAUCAAUCCAGAGUACAUAAAAAUUCUUCUUUUCA